GUUGUGAACAAGGAAGUGUGUAUUUACAGGAAGCCAGCGUAAGCUGCCUUUUGUUUUGUUUUGACUUUGUUUUUCUCUACCAACUUAAAUGGUCGUUUUUUUCCGCCAGGAAAGGUAGCUGGAUUACUUAAUAGGCUGUUGUUUAUCUAAUUUGUUUCUGUUGAGUUUAUUUUCUCAUGACACUUUAACGUUUAACUGCGAGCUAGCUUUAGACGCUAACAACAGAGCUAACAGGCCCGAAGGCCGUCUGUCCAUUGUCUGUCCGACAGUCACACUCCUCUCCUGUGGACAUACAGCGGUGAGCUCUGAACUCCGACGUCGUUUGGAAACAUUAGAGUCGACAUUGAACAAGAGACCAGCACCGCUGUCAUCCGCUCUCCGCCCAGGUAACGUCAGCGGUACCGGCUAACAGAACCGGCUAACAGAACCGACCGUACUCCCGGGUCGUUCAGUGUUAUUCCCCCGCUGACAGUAACGGGACCAACCGACACCACAGCAGAGGAUACGGAGAUUGGAUCACCAUGUAUGCCCCGCCGGGUUCUGCUGCCACUGGAGGCCGGAGGAGGAGAGGGGGUACCUCCCUGCCCAAGCAGCCGGAGCGGAGCCUGGUGUCGGCCCUGCCCGGAGCUCUGUCCAUCACAGCGCUGUGUACGGCUCUGGCGGAACCGGCCUGGCUCAGGGUUCACGGAGGCACCUGUCCGAGGCAAGAGCUGGGGGUGGCAGAUGUCCUGGGCUACAUUGACCCCAAGCUUCUGGACGAUUACUGUGUGAACCCGCAGACCAUCCUGCUGCUGAGGGUGAUCGCUGCCUUCUGCUUCCUGGGCAUCCUCUGCAGUCUGACUGCUUUCCUCCUGGAUGUGUUUGGCCCCAAGCACCCAGCGCUAAAGAUCACCCGCAGAUAUGCGUUUGCACACAUUCUCACAGUGCUGCAGUGUGCCACAGUCAUAGGCUUCUGCUACUGGGCCUCGGAGCUCAUCCUGUCACUACAGCAGCAACACAAAAAGUACCACGGCUCUCUCAUAUACGUCACUUUCGCCAUCAGCUUCUACCUGGUGGCGGGGGCCGGCGGAGCCUCUAUCCUCGCCACAGCUGCGAACCUCCUGCGCCACUACCCCACCGAGGAGGAGGAGCAGGCUUUAGAGCUCCUCUCGGAGAUGGAGGACAGCAGUGAAACUUUUCCUGCUGAUUAUGACAUUGCCAAUCAGUUUCAGCCGCCGCCUGCCUACACGCCCUAAUGCCGCCAGACUGGCCUUGUUAACACACGCUUCUCUCUCAGCACGGCUAUUGGCUUGAUGAGCAAAAACCCCCCCCCCACUCUUUAUCAAACGGAUAUCUUUGCAAAUACUCUCCAUAAUGAACACGGCGACGUGCACAGUUAGUGCGCAAAACUCCUUUAAGGACAGUGCUUGGGUGCAUGAAAAGCUUUCUUUAGUGGUGGCAGAAAUUUAGGAGAUGGUUCUUACAUUCACCACUGAGGUUGUUAGUGAUUUGCAUGUAAAUGGCUUUUAGGAUUUGGUUCUUACAUGUGAAGCAAACUAAACUGCAAGGAGUGCUCAACAUGUCUCAUCACAAGUAAUUGAUGAAAACGGCCGCAGCCUGAUGAGUGCCAAUUAUUGAAGCCGGGCUGUCGGCAGAUUGUCGGCGAGUGUAUUGGUCUUUGGUUGGACGUGGAUCGAGCUUUGUGAAGCAUCAUUUUGAUGUAAUUUUUGAUAAGCUUGCCAUGUGUAUGAUUUUAUUUUACGGAGACAUCGGAAAUGGCGAAAUACACUGAGAAGUUUUAGACAUUUCUUUUAUAUAAAAUAUCAAAUUGACCUUAUUAUUUAUUAUUUAGCCGUCUGUGCUGUGUCUUACUUUCUUUCUUUCUUUCUUUUGCUUUGUAGACAUCUGUCACUGGUUUAGUCUUAUUUAAUCACAUUUGUACUUGAAAAUAACAUGAGAACAUUUUAAAAUGUGAAACCGUUCUUUGUGGUGUUUUUAAAGAGGAUCAUGGCGGUGUGUUAUGUGUGGAGAGCUAGCAGCCACGGAGAAAUUGAGAAUGUACGUUUCACAAUAACUGACUCUUAGUAACGGGAACCUCGUCGCAUAAGUUGGUUGUGUCAUGUUUCUUGUAUUUGAUUUAAAAAAAAAAAAGAGAAAGAAACCUUUUUAUUUGUAUUUUGUGAUUACCAUAUGUGACAGUUUGAGUAUGUGUUUUCUAUGCAUGAGUUCUUUUCGUGUGCAAAUUUUAAACCAUCAGGCAGAAUCUUUAAGAGAGCAUCUAUUAAGGUUCCGGCUGAGGCUUAAAGUUGUGAUUGAUGUGGUGACUCUAGUUGAUUGUGUAUUGUUCUGUUUCCUCCAUUUCUGCAUUUUGUUUCCUUAAAAUUGUCACUAUACUUUCAUCACCAGUAUGUAAAUAUUGAUUGUUUAUACAUAAAAAGUGGACAUAAUAAAACAAAUGCCAUA